AUGCCCAGAAGCAAGUUCGCCAAGGACGCACACGCCAAACGCGAGACGUUUGCGGCUUACGCAAUCCUAGGCGAGAAGGGUAACCGCUACAGAAUUGGCUGGAAGGGCAUCGAUCCAGCUACCGGCGCCCCCUACGAGCCAACAUGGGAGCCCAAACGCUACGCCAAUGCCGCCCUCAAGCACGAGUGGGCCGAGAAGAAGGCCAAACAGAGGCGGGCCAUGAAGCAAACGCCAAGUAGCACCGAAAAUUCUGUCUCUACAAGCGACUACGCUCCCAAAGAGCCUGUCGGCUUCAGACCAUCUGCAGAGAAGUCCGUCGCGAAGACACCCACCGCCGAGCAACCUUUGACUAAGCCGCUACCCACUGACAAGCUCGCCAUCGAGAAGCCAUCCGCAUGCAAGGCCACCACCAGACGAAUUGUCACAGAGAAGCUAGCAAAGGCGAGGAGCGCGAGAGCGACUACAACACGUCGUGUCGUCACCGCCAAGCCGUCCGCAUCCCACCUCCUUGCCAAUGAGCCUCCCGUAAUUGACAUCUCCGACACCGAGUCCGUCUCCACUGCGUCAUCUACAACCAUUACGCCUACUACUGAGGGCUCUACCUCCACAAAACCGGCCAUCGCCACGAGCCGACGCAAUCACAAGCCCACACAAGAAUACAUCAAGAGUCAGACGUCCAACGGCGAGACGCAGCGUGAGGGCAGGGCCACUGGGCACUCUGGCCUCUGCCCGUCCGGCUCGACCAUAGCUCGCUCAUCGACCAGUCUGUCAUCUUCCAGCACCUUCUAUUCCUCGUGCGUCUCCCAAUCCUCCCUCAGCACCUCGUCCACCGCAGCCUCAACCUCUACCUCUUCCUCUUCCCCCAAGAAACGCAGGCGCCCCGCCACCCGUUGGGCGACCAAGAAGCCCGCUCACCGUCUCCAAUCCGCGCAGACUCACGACUCCGACACGUACUUCCCGUCACGUGGCAUCGUAGAUGAGUCCGCAGACAAGUACCUCGUGUCUUGGUCGCCACAUCCGGUGACCGGAGAGGCGUAUGCGGAUACGUGGGAGCCGAAGGGCUAUGUGAUGCCGUUCAUGGUAGAUGAGUGGGAGCAGAGGAAGAUUAUGUUGCUUGUGAAGGCGGCGGAAGAGAGGAUGAUGGGGGCUGGGGCUAUGUGA